GAAGACCAAGCUGAACCGAAUAACUAAAAAUUGUAUUAUAAAACUUCAGUACUUAUAAAGUUCAAAUUUUGACUUUACCUCUUCAAGACAGACUUGUUAAUUAGUACUGUAUUAGGUUAGCUUUCUUACUAUAAAACCUCCUCUGAAGGAUUGUUUAACUACAUCAAAUUAAUCGAAAUGACAAGUUCAGCAGUAGGAGGGGGAGAUAAAUACAGAGACUACUUGAGUGAUGAAGAAGUCAAAAACACCAAAUGGAGAAAUGGUCCUCCUAGUUAUGAUGUUGUUGACAAGCUCUUUGAAGAAGAAAGAACUCGUGUAUGGGCAGAAGGAUCACUUGAAGAGAAAGUGCAAAGGCUAUUAAAGACUUGGGAAAUGGAAAUAGUCCACAAGGCAGAUCCUAAUGACCUCAAAACUGUUGAUCCAAACAAGUUCACGAUUAGUAUCAAUGGAAGAAAGGGGUUGACACCGGCAGAAUCUGCAAAGCUUGGUGGUAGCUAUAAUAUAUUCCUACAAACUUCAUUGCCUGAGAAUCUUAGAGUGUACAAUCCUGAUGAAGAAACAUUUGAAUCAUCACAGAAAGUUUUCAGAUCCAUAUUCUUACGAGGAUUCGCGAUCGAAAUCCUCCAUGUAUAUUCAGGACCACCUGAAAUUGUGUACAAGUUUAGGCAUUGGGGUUACAUGGAAGGUCCAUUUAAAGGACAUGCUGCCACUGGACAACUUGUUGAGCUCUUUGGGAUUGGCACUUUUGAAGUACUAAACCAAAAAUCAUCCUUUUUUUUUUUUUUUUUUAAAGCAGUGGAAACAACUCCUUGCAGAAAUUUGGACAAAGAGAGUAACAAGAUUAUCAAGGCAGAGAUGUUUUUUGAUAGAGGAGAAUUGCUUGGAGGCCUUGUGAAAGGAGAAAGCAAUGGUGAAUCCACAAGUGGGAUGACAUUGGAUGCUUGUCCUUUUAUGAAAUAAGAGAAACUACUAGCAAAAUGUUUGAUUAUUUUCAACUACUUUCAAGAUCUAUGAGCAUGUUUAAUUUUACUAGAAAUGUGUAGUUUACUUGAAGCAUUCACAUGAUUUCUUCAAUAUCUCAAAUAAAAAGUACACUCCUGUUCCAUGA